AUGCCAGGUCUUCGUGCAUCCCAUGCUUCCGGUGCACACUCGCCAGUUCGCUUCGCAUAUCCGCAUAACAUGACAGAUAGCGAUGAUCCACAUGCUCCUCCGCAGCACCUGGCUGCUUAUGCCCGUGUUCGGGGACUGCGAUCGCCCGGGAGGGAGUGGGUAAAGACUCGCCACACGUGCAGGCGGAAUGCCCAACACCAUCCCUCUUCACGGCCUUCCACACGUCAACGUUACCCUCACCCCAGCGUCAUGAGCUCUCCCAUUUUCCCGCGCAAGAUCCCAUACGUUCGCCUAGGCCAGUCGGGCUUGAAAGUAUCUCGUAUCAUCCUUGGUUGCAUGUCGUAUGGCUCGUCUGAAUGGAUGAACUGGGUGCUUGACGAAGAGGAGGGUAUCAAGCAUAUCAAAGCAGCCUAUGACGCGGGAAUACAAACGUUUGACACGGCGAACGUAUACAGCGCCGGUCUCUCAGAGGUCGUUCUUGGCAAAGCUAUCAAGCAGCACAACCUGCCUCGCGAUGAGAUAGUUGUCAUGACCAAGGUAUAUGCCCUCGUUACACGCACCCCUGGAGAAACAUCGAGGUUCCAAAACCCGAACUGGAAAGAAGACGAGAAUGGCUACGUGAACCAGCACGGCUUGAGUCGCAAGCACAUCUUCGAGAGCGUCAAGCACAGUCUCGAGCGUCUGCAGCUCGACUACAUCGACCUGCUGCAGUGCCAUAGAUUUGACUAUGAUACGCCGAUUGCGGAGACCAUGCAGGCACUGCACGAUGUCGUCAAGGCGGGCUACGUCCGCUACAUCGGCAUGAGCUCUUGCUACGCUUGGCAGUUCUGUGCCAUGCAAAGCUAUGCCAUACAACACGGGCUUACCCCUUUCAUCUCAAUGCAGAACCAUUAUUCUCUGAUCUAUCGCGAGGAGGAACGAGAGAUGAUGGGCGCGCUCAAGCACUAUGGCGUCGGAUCUAUCCCCUGGAGCCCGCUUGCGCGCGGUCUUCUUACACGCCCCGUUGACAAGAAGUCAGACUCUUCGCGUGACACGUCAGACCCUGGUGUCGUUCGUUUCACGAAGGCGUAUCUCGGUGGCGGCGGCGAAGAGACCAUCAAGCGCGUCGAGGAGCUGGCUAAGAAGAAGAAUUGCACAAUGGCACAGCUCUCGCUCGCUUGGAUGCUACACAAGGACAUCGUGUCCGCGCCCAUCAUCGGCACUACCAGCCUGGAGAAGCUGACGGACUUGCUUGGAGCUCUCGAGAUCAAGCUCGACGUUGACGAGAUGAAGUAUCUUGAGGAGUUAUACGAGCCGAAGCCCUUACUGGGUGUCAUGUAG